UCUCCUAUUUUGACAGUUGCACCUUCUUUAUCUGAGUUGCACAAUGCUACCCAACAAAAUAUUGUGAUUAAAGUAGUGUUUUAAAUAAAUAAUAUUCGCGUAUUUUAUUCUAAGAAUGUGAUAAUAAAUCGUUUCAUUUAUAAAGUAUAAGUUAUUAAAUUUAAAAAAAUGGAGGGUGGACCUAACGUAGAAAAAAAGGGGUUAAACCCAAAUAGACGGAGUGCACGUAAGGAGAAAAGGAAUGAAUUAAGGAAAAAUAAGAUUUUAUCAGAGAUUGGGUCCGUUUCAACAGGAGAGAAGAAAAUUUUUCACAUAGAACAACCUGGUAGUGUUAAAAGAACACGUAGAAAACCAAGAAAAAAAAGUGAACCAACUCGAGAAAUUCACAACAAACAACAUAUUGCACAAGACUUGGACUUAAUAGAUUUUGAAUGCCAACUAACCAUCAAAGCAAUAUCAAGUCAGACAUCUGGACAUUUCAUAAGAAAACGCAAUGAAACCAGAAGGAAAAUUCAAUUGAAAACAUUCAAAAUCGACAGCACCCCAUGUGUGUUUAUAACCAAUAAACUAGUUAGAUCCCUCCAAAAAUUAUCCGUCAAUGACAAUAAUAUUGAUAAAAUGAGAAAUCGUAAGUUUUAUAAUAAAGAUAACAAACAAACACCAAGUAAAAAACAAAAUGAACCAGGUACAAGCCAGAACAAUUCAUCUCCACAAAAAAGACAAACAGAUAUAAAUGAGAGAUUCACCCCAUAUUACACACCAGAACAAGUCAAAACCGGUUUAGAAAGUAACACUUUGGUUCAAGGUAGUAUAAGGAUAAACCCCAAAAUGGGUCAUGAAGCAUACGUAAGCAACAAAAACACCAGCUUAAAUGACUACUACAUUGUAAGUGUGGCUGAUAGAAAUCGGGCUUUGGAGGGAGAUGAAGUUGUUUUGGAGAUAAAACCAAGGAACCAAUGGGUUGAUGGUAGGGCUACUUGUAGAGUGGUGUUCAUUGCUAAAAAAGUUCACACUCGUUUGGCCAUUGGUCACCUAAAAAUGCCAGAACCCAAAAACGUCACACCUGAUUCAAAAAACCGACGCAGUAACAGAAAGGAUUUCGCGAUUUUUUAUCCCAGGGAUAGAAGACUUCCUUUUAUCCGUGUACAUAAGGAAACAUGGCCAAAAGGCUUCAAUGAAAAACCCAAAAUGUACGAAAAAAACCUCUUCAUGGUUGAAAUACUACAAUGGGAAAUCCCUAAAUAUGCCUUGGGGAUAGUUAGGGAGAACAUAGGUUUGGAGGGAGAUUUAAAAGUGGAGGAGUUGUCCAUUUUGAAGGAGUACAAUUUGGAUCCAUACCCACACAAUCCAAAAUUAGUUGAAAGUAUGAAUUUACCCAAAAACAUUGAUGAUAAAGAGUUUGAAUACCGUUUGGAUCUAAGGAAGGACUGCAUUUUUACUAUUGACCCUUUAACAGCCAGGGAUUUGGAUGAUGCCGUUUCAGUGGAAGAGUUACCAAAUGGUAACUACAAAAUAGGCGUCCACAUUUCGGAUGUAGCCUACUACCUCAAAGACGGUUCCCCUCUGGACGUUUCGGUGGCAAAAAAAGCUACCACAAUAUACAUGGUGAACAAUGUUUACCAUAUGUUGCCUAAGGAAAUGUGUUUUCAUUGUUCCUUACUGCCAGGAACCGAUAAAUGCGCCUUUUCCGUGUUUUGGGAAAUGACACCGGAAUCUGAAAUUGUUCAUACAAGUUUUGCUAGGACUGUAAUUAAUUCCUCUGUACAGCUGGCUUAUGAACAUGCCCAGAUGAUGAUUGAGGACCCAGACCGCGAAUUCAAAGAUGGCGAAUUGCCAACAAUCCACAACAAUUUUACUAGCAAAGAUCUCAGCAGAACUGUGAAUAUUCUGCAGAAAAUCGCAAUCCAACUCAAACAAAAACGCAUUCAAAAUGGCGCCCUUAAAAUCAAUCAAGUUAAGCUCUCCUUUAAACUCGAUCCCGCCAAUGGCGACCCGCAAACGUUCUUUAUAUACGAAAAUAAGGAGGCGCACAGAUUAAUUGAGGAGUUCAUGUUGCUCGCGAAUAUUUCCGUGGCCGAGAAAAUCAACGGCGAUUUUCCCGACGUGGCUUUUCUAAGAUGCCACGAACCUCCAAAACAAACCAUGAUGGAUAAACUGCAGAAAAACUUGGAGGUUUACGGUAUUUUCAUCGACAUUUCCAACGCCGGCAGCAUAAGUUCUUCGCUAAAAAAAUACAUCGGUGAAGAUGAAGCGGGAUUCGAUAGGUGCGCAGUGCUCUACCACCUGUUUUCCAAACCCAUGACGAGAGCUAGGUAUUUUUGCGCCAGCGAGGGGGAAGAUUACCGGCAUUUUGCCCUGAGCGUGCCUUUGUACACCCAUUUCACCUCCCCGAUAAGAAGAUACGCCGACAUAAUGGUACACAGACUUCUAGCGGCAUCUCUCGGAUACUGCGAUUCCCCCCAAUGGGACGUGGACUACGUCGCCGGCAUUGCCGCCAACUGCAACGGCCAAAAAUACAACGCCAAAAGAGCGGGAGAAUCCAGCUCGGAGUUAUAUUUGGCCUGCUACAUAGAAAAACACCAGCCGUUCAUUGAAGACGCGGUUGUAGUCGAUGUAAAAGACAAAUCUUUCGAUGCGAUCGUCACCAAAACCGGAAGUAUCGUACGGAUAUACAAAAAUACUCUCCCAGAUGGUUCAGAGUGGACUGCAGAACCCAUUAAAAUCAACACAAGCAAAGAGGAGUCUUCCAAUGACAUGACCAUGUAUAAAGUCACCAUUAAGUACCCCAAAACAAAAGACUAUCAAGAAAUUUCGCUUAUAAUUGAACUUUUCACCCACGUCAAGGUUUCAUUGAAUAGGAAAAAACAAACCUACAAGUUGGAUGCAACUUUAUUAAGGCCUGUUUAAGAAAUACAUAUUUGUACUAUAAAUAAACUGCCAAUAUUAUAAAGUGCAUAAGGAAGAAUUUAUCCAAAAUAAAUUUAUCCACAACCAUAA